AUCCAAUUUUGCAGGAUGGACGUCCUUUUGAGGAGUGAUUUACUGUUAUCCUGGAAAUUGAAAACUAUGUGCCUAGCCAACGGUUCAGCUGAUACAGGGUCGUAAGCCCCUCAUCUAAAAAUUUCCCUUAGAAAGAAAGCCAGGUUUUAGGCCCCCUGGAGGAGCUGGUCCCUGACGGCUCUGGGCUCUGUGUCGUCUGCAGUGUGACGCGGGCUGGGACAUCCAUGGUGCACUAGGAGGCCGUGUGCAAUGCUGGUGUGUCUGCCAGUCCCCGGUGACCUCCCCUUCCAGCUGCUUUCCCACUCGCAGAUGAACACUGGACUUCAGAAAUGGGACACUACGCAGAAGAUGAAAUCUGCACAGUAUCCAACCCCAGCAGAGUUGGAUGCAUAUGCUAAGAAAGUUGCCAACAGUCCCUUGACAAUAAAGAUCUUUCCCAAUAGUGUAAAAGUUCCCCAGAAGAAGCAUGUUCGGCGUACGGUCAACGGGCUUGACACUUCCAGUCAACGCUACUGCCCCUAUCCAUCUCAGGUCAGUACCAAGGCAGGCCUGCUUGCUGUCGUCAAGGUUCCACUAAAAGGCUUCCUCAAAGAGCCAGAUAGGAGUCAGGCCCGCCUGUUUCCCGAGGUAGCCAUGAAUUGUCACGCUGGACCUUAUAUUUCUCAGAGCACUUUAAACCUUCCUCGGACUGUCCAACAUCUGCAGGGCGCUUUACGGCCCCAGCAUCCUCCUCAGCAGCAAAACUUGCCCCAGCCACAGGCAUUGACCCAGCAGAAGCAGCAGGGCCUCAACUGUCUCCAGACCAUUCAGCAACAACAAGCAGUGCCAGAAGAAUUGAGGCACCUUCCAGGUUCAGUCCAGCCGCCAAACCUGCAGGAUACCCAGGCCUUACCCCCGGUACAAGCUCUCCCCCACCCAGCAAGCUUGCAUUCUCCACUACCCAACAUGAUGCUGCCACAUCUACAGCAGCAGCCACAGUCAGGGCUACACGGGGCAAGGAAGGCAGCUGGUGGUGAAGCCCCACCAAAUGUGACCAUGUCUACCUCUACCAUCCCGCUGUCCAUGGUUGCAGGACUGCAUCACAACCGGUCGGCCAACCUGACUAGCGUUGUGCAUCAGAUUAACCAGUUCUGCCAGACGCGGGUAGGAAUAAGCUCUACCUCCAUGUGCGAGGGCCAGAUAGCCAACCCUAGCCCCAUCAACCGCAACCUACUCAUUAGUGCCACCUCCCGAGUAUUGCCACAAUGCCCAGUCCCCUGCAUCCUAGACCCCCCAGAAAAGGCUACCACCAGCACCGUGCCUGGGGAUGUCGUCCCGACACUGGAUAUGGCUACUGUGAACUGCAUGCCCAUAUUUCAGAGUGAAGGCAAAGCACAGCCACAUCACCACUGGAACCAGCGGCAGGUUGCGUACCUGCACAUCUCCGAAUCCGGGCACCCGUGCAAGCCUCUAUCACAGGAUGCCUCGGGGGUACCUGCCUUUUCUGCUAAGGCUGCAGGUUACCCCUUAGAUGUUUGCCUGAGCCAACCCUUCAAUUUGAAAGCUCCUGGGGACAAGCCCACCACGUCACCUCCUGUCAAUGGCUUGCCAGGGGCCAUGUCCUACCCUAAUGGACGCUACUAUCAGCCAUUGUGGAAUAGUAUUCUCCCAAUCCCAAAUUGUGAUAGCUUAGGCUCUCAGGAUUUGGCCUUACCUUUCCAUGGGGGCCUUGCUCCUCUCUCCGAAGCUUCUGUAGACUGCCCCCUAGUUGCAAGCCACAGAGCUGAAGCCAGUUCUGGCCAUGCUAAUGCAAUGCAAACUAUGGAGUAUGUGGGCAGGAAUUUCCAAACACCCUGCUUCCAUGAGCAUAGCUUAAAUAUAAUGGGGAAGAUGAACAGGUCUGCUAUAAGCAGAGGUGCAGAGCUCAGCAACAGCAGAAAUGCUCACAUGCAGCAUCCAGGGUACAGAUAAACUAUAGCCUCGUCUUUAUAAUUACCCAUCUCUUCAAGUCUCAUAAAUUAAGCAAGCAAAAUUAAAGCUUAAAUUGAUAGCGGUCUUAAAGGUUAUAUUCACUCUCAGUGUUUAACUUGCAAGUGAUCAAUUGACCAUUGCUUUAAUAUAUACCUGUACUCACCCAGACCACCAAUAGUUACAUUUUAUUCAGGUUUGCAAAAUGUUUUAUUUUGUAUUUUCCCCCUCAUUUAUUGUCUUACAUUUUUUUUUCUUAGAAUGGAUAUCAGCUGAAAUCCUAUUUUUGUGUUUAUUAUCUUGAUUUAAUUUAUUGAAAUGCCUGUUGUACUUGAGGAUAAAAUAGUUGUGAAACAUCAAAUCUGAUCAAUGACUUGAUCAGUUGUUUACAAUGUCAGCACAAGAUUGUGGGGGAGAAGCAAAAAUAUUCUAAACUCUGUAAGCUAUUAGUGUCUGUAUGUCUUUGUUUACCUCUUGCUAACAGUUGAAGCAAAAAUUUCCAGUAAUAGUUUCGAUAGGUGAAAAUGGAAAUAACCCAAUCAGAACAUUUUUUGUUAUACUAUGUUUAUCCAAAUCUGUGUAAAUGAUCAGGGGUGAGUUUCCCAAAGCCUGUUUAACGCUACGUUAUUUGUAAGUUCUGUCUUUUAACAUAACCCCACGUUAUUCGUAAAUUGUAAGGCUUCGGGAAGCCCAUCCCAUGGCAGAUCUUUGUUGUAUGUAUCAUUUUUGCUUAUACUGCCAGCUGCUCAACAGUUAUAUUUUAUAUUACAAACGGGUUUUGCUAAACUGAUGACCUAACUUGGGCAAAACCAUUAAAUAACUCAAUUUUGUUUUGUUCAAAGUUAAAGUAUUUCAGUCACUGUUAGGAGCUGUUUGCCACAUUCAGCAUGAUAAAUUAUGUGUAUUUGCACAUUCAUAAUAUCUGAAUAUCACAGAAGCUAAAUUUCACUUUGUACCACCUGCCUGUAUCAGCAUCAGUGUCAGUCACGCAGUUGUAAACUGAGGCAUUAUGACAUUUCAAGUCUGAACUAAUGCCACUUUAUAUGGUUGCUAAGUUCCAAACAAGCCUUUUUUUGCUCAUUUCCUUGCUUGAAAAGGUGGUGAAUAAUUCCUAAAUUUUUCAUCUAAUUUCAAAUGGAAAUUUGGUGAUUAUGACUGAGAAAUACCCCUGAUUGCACUAAGAUCUCUUACCUCUCUCUUCUUUUUUCAGCGUCAUCUCAGUUUGGCCUCAGAGGCCUUGAGAAUUUGCUGCCUGUGCUAUCUCAAGCAUUGUCAGAGGAAAGAUUUCAUCAGCUUAUCACCACUGUCCACAUACUGUCACGUUAGGCUUCCUUUGCUUUGAGCAGCUUUUCUGAGUCACUCACCUUUUUCUAUGUGAAGUUUAGAUUUUUAAUUUGUGCAGAAUGAUCUGUUAGAGUAAUAAAUAAUCCCCCCAAGGGGGGAAUUAAGGAUUAGACACUACAUGAGCAGAGAGGAUUGUUUUUCUUUACUUUUCAGUGAGGGUUGUUGUGUUCUAAUCAGAUUGAUGUCCAAACCUGGUGUGUGAAUCGACUGCUGCUGUUAUUGCUAUUAUAACUGGUCCAAGAGAAGCAGAACCUACAGCCCCUUGAGAUGGUCAGCUGGGAUUAAUUCAGGGUCCUGCUUACUGACUUUUAGGUGCCUGAUGAUGAAGUUCAAGUGGAACUUUUAGUGUGUUGAUUUUUUUUUUCUCCUUUAAAUACUCAGAAGGUAGCACCUUUUGCCCUUUGGUUAAUGUAGCUGAAUUACAGAAACGUAAGAUUAUAGUGGAAUUGGGUGGCUUCCGCUUAAGCUUCCUAUUCUUCCCUUUUACUUCAGAACACAAAAGUAUUUUAGGAAAAAAGUAAUGAGAUGAAUUUUACUUUGUAUUUUAUCUAACAUUCCUUUAGCUGGAAGAUAGUUGGAAAAAAUAGAAAUGAAGGACUUCAUGAAACGACAAUUGAUCACUUGCAAGUGUGCCAAUAAAAAAUCUUGUUCGAUCUGA